UUCCUAUCUCUCAGGAACUUAAGAAUAAAUCACAAGGCUCUUAUGACAUAAAAAUUUGCUAUUGGCGAAGAAGAAUAACGUGACUCGAGGUAUAAAAGAGGUGUGACGGAAGAAGAAGGGCCUGUCAUCGCCGAUCGCCGUUCGUAUUGAGGUCCGUCGUCCCUGUUUGACAUCGCCGUCGGCCGUCACCUUCCGUGAUCGAUGUCCAUCAACGCCGCCCGUCGUCAUUGUUCAACGUUGCCUUCCGUAGAAAAAGACGUCCGUGUCUCUCACGUCAGUCAGUAACCCAAAUCCUAGAGAUACAUGUGGCUUCCUACGAGCAGGAUAUGGCUCUUACGACGUUGCUAAGCUGCCCCAUCUGUUACGAGCUGGUCAAAACGCCGGUUUACCAGUGUACUAAUGGACACAUCGUCUGUUCCAAGUGCCGGCCACAAAUCACCACAUGCCACACUUGUCGCGAGACUCUGGGACACAUCCGCAGCCUCGUGGUCGAGCAGAUUGCGUCUUCUUUGCGGUUGCCUUGCAUCAAUCAACCUUUUGGCUGCCCAAAUGUCUACCGGAACCAAAUCGGGCAGCCCAUCAACGACACUUAUCUCCUACACCUUCCGGAAAUGGCACAAUCUAAUGACUGGUGGGACACCCCGGUCUCAUCGCCACCUCCUCCACCACCAUCAGCGGAAGUGAACAGCGCCUCCCUACAGGCCGCACUAAACUUUACUCGAGCCCAACACAGGCACGAAACUACACCAGCUACGAUUAUCUUACCCGUCGGUUAUAAAUGUCCUCCACAAUUAGAAACCGCCUUCCGGGAAGAAACCGAGCGCACCGACCGAUAUUAUCAACUGAACGCCACCACCUCCCUGUUUAUGCAGCCAGAACCCCAUUAUUUCCUAUCCCCCUGUGAGGGGACGCUCCCGCCAAGUUCGAACUCCUAGAACCCGGGGCCGACCCUCUCGUCCAUAAAUCUCAACUAAUUACUUGUAUGCUCCAUAACGUAUCCUAUAAUUACAAUGUAUUCCUAAUUAAAUUAUAUAUAUUUAAUAUUUUAUGCAUAGUUAAAAAGUUAUGUAUUCCAAGUCAGAGAAAAAUCUAACGAGUGUAUA